ACAAAAAGCGAUGCAAACAUUUGGCUGCUGUAACGCGAUCCGAAUUCAGCACCCACGGUCAGUAGACAGCGCCGAAUAGAUAGCUGCCUGUCUCUUCAAAGGCGUUUUCUCUGCUAAACGGUGCAUGCUGGUGGAAUACGCAGAGUCAAGCCACUGUGUUGAAGCUGCAAAGCUGCACCCUCAAAGCGAUAGCGGGACCCUAUUCGCCUGCAGUUUUGUUUUUAGAUACGCAACUUCCAGUGAGCAUUUUCCACGAAGAUCAACCAGGGAAGGAAAGCGUUGAAAUGUUGCUUUGUAUGCUGGUCAUGGAUUUCUUGAAGGGCAUCGGCGGUUUCGAAGGCCAUUGUCACAGACUAUUGUAGGAUCCAGCGCACAUUUUUGGGGUCCUGAGUCAAGGAACCCCCAUUUACAUUGCACAGAAUUCUGUCAAAAUGCAUUGGCGUUCAUAACAGCAUUUGUUGAAUAAUGUCCGCGGUACUACCCUAGAUCGAACAUAACUGAUGUUCCGUCUUCAAGGUAAACUUUUACCUAUAUUUUAUAGCCUACCAUACAUUAAACGUUAGCAUCUGCAUCACAUUGCUGUUGAACUCUUUUGGGGAAUCGCAUUUGAGGAAAUUGCAUGGGGAGCAGCGGUACGGUUUUUAGUGCAAUGAGGCUCCCAUCCUAAUUGCCUCUCUCACGCCGGAGUAGGCUAUGUGAAAACGUGUGUCAGCCUAACUGCAAAUCCUGAUGGAGACCCUGUUAGUUUACCUGAUGGUACUUGGCAUGGCUGUAAAAGCCCACAAGGUCCAGGUGUGCCCAAAACGCUGUGUCUGCCAGAUGCUUAACCCCAACCUAGCAACCCUCUGUGACAAGAAGGGCCUCCUCUUCGUCCCGCCCGACAUCGACCGUCACACCGUGGAGAUGCGUCUGGGCGACAACUUCGUUACGAGCAUCAAACGACGGGACUUCGCCAAUAUGACCAAACUGCAAGACAUGACGUUGUCUCGGAACACCAUUGGCUCCAUCUCGCCUCAUGCCUUUAAAGAUCUGGAGAACCUCAGAGCCUUGCAUCUGGACAGCAACCGUUUGACGAGGCUCACCAACGACACCUUCAGUGGGAUGUCCAAGCUCCAACAUCUCAUUCUCAACAACAAUCAGCUGAUUCACAUCCACAUCGGGGCCUUCAAUGAUCUCACAGCUCUAGAGGAGUUAGAUCUGUCCUACAACAACUUAGAAAGCGCCCCCUGGGUGGCCAUCCAGAGAAUGACCAGCCUCCACACCCUGGGCUUGGACCACAACAUGCUUAGCUACAUUCCUGAGGGAACCUUCUCUGGCCUGCAGAAGCUCAAACGCCUUGAUGUCACAUCUAACAAGCUCCAGAAGCUUCCGCCAGACCCAGUGUUCCAACGGGCCGGUGUCUUGGCCACAUCAGGGAGCUUGGGUCCGACGUCAUUUGCGUUGAGUUUUGGGGGGAACCCACUGAGGUGUAACUGUGAGCUGCUGUGGCUGAGGAGGCUGAGGAGGGAGGAUGAUCUGGAGACAUGUGCGGCUCCGCAGCACCUGGCUGGGCGAUACUUCUGGACCGUGUCUGAAGAAGAGUUCCUCUGUGAGCCCCCUCUUAUCACCAGACACUCCCAGGAGCUGCGAGCGUUGGAGGGUCAGAGUGUAGCUCUGCGCUGUAAGGCCAGGGGCGACCCAGACCCCAUCAUCCACUGGAUCGCCCCAGACGGCCGGCUCAUGUCCAACUCCUCCCGGGCUGCGGUGCACAGUGAUGGGACCCUGGACAUUCUUAUCAGCACUGUGAAGGACUCAGGCUCCUUCAUCUGUGUUGCCUCCAACCCGGCCGGGGAGUCCCAACAAACUGUUGACCUGGUGAUUGCCAAACUCCCACACAUCACCAACAGUACUGUGGAGAAGGAACAGGACCCAGGUUCUUCUGAUAUCGCCACGGUAACGAGGACGGGUGGUGGUGGGGAAGGCGGAGGAGUGGUUCCACUGGGAAACACAAAGACGAGCCAGGAGAAGAAGGUGGUGAUCGCUGAGGCCACGUCUACCUCGGCCCUGGUCAAAUUCAGCUUCCAGAGAAGUAUACCGGGCAUUCGAAUGUUCCAGAUCCAAUACAACGGAACCUACGAUGACUCUCUGGUUUACAGAAUGAUCCCUCCGAGCAGUAAGAGUAUCCUGGUGAACAACCUGGCUGCCGGUACACAGUACGACCUGUGUGUGCUGGCCAUCUACGACGACCUGGUGACCUCCCUGACCGCCACGCGGGUGGUGGGGUGCGUCCGCUUCACCACCGAUCCCCAGUACCUCCGCUGCCACUUCAUGCAGUCCCAGUUCCUGGGAGGGACCAUCGUGGUCAUCAUCGGAGGGAUCAUCGUGGCGUCCGUCUUAGCCUUCAUCGUCUUCCUCAUAGUGAGGUACCGAGUCUGUAACCAAGGCGAUGAGGACAAGGCUUUGGAAAUGGGUGAGAUCCGGUCUCUGAAUAGUGAUGGUCAGCUCCAGGGCUGCGGCGUCCCCAAGUCCAUGUCCAAGUCUCUGUCCAAGCAGAUUCUCUGUCUGGAGAAACCAGAGAAGGUGGAUAAGGAGUAUCUGAGGGUGGGCCUUCCUCCCCCUGAGCUGUUCAAGCAGCAGCGACCCCCAGUCCUGACCACCACCACAUCCACCAAGCCAUCCAUUCCCGACUGCCAGACAGAUGUGGAGUUAGAGAACACAAACCGGAAUAACUCAGCGGAAGCUAAAAUGGUUGUUUCUGCCGUUUCCACAAAAUGGACAAAGGUCGCUAGAGGGCCAAGCCCCCCUGGAGGGUCCUCCAACCAUUACAUGACAGUGCCAGCAGGGGGCGUGAGGGUGAACCGGCGGCACUCUCUGAACAUGGACUUGUACAAGGAGUGCUGCUACUUCAGCCUGGUACAGCAGCAGCAGCCAAAACCUGGUAGGGGUUUGCGCUCCAAACGCAGUCUGUCCAUGAGUGGAGAACUGCCCCAGUUGGAAAGUGCAAUGGCAAACAUACGCAGAAGCAGAGACAAGCUGUAUGGAUCCGAGUGGCUUCUCGAAAGCACUCUAUGAUCAGGAUUUUACAGGUUUAUAGGGUUUUUGUUUUCUUGGAUUGGAUUUGUGGCCUGUGGUGGAGCAGACAGUGACUUUAUACCUUGUUCAGACUGUUACUGCGGUCUUUAGUCUGCAAGACCCACAGAUUCCUCUUGUAUUUCUGAAGACAAGGCCAAACAGGGUUUUAUAGGGCAGAUGUUUAACAUUUGAUUAUCGACCUUAAAGCAAAUAUCUUCUCAAAGUCAUCUUUAUAUUGACUUUGGAUAAAACUGAAGGCACCAAAAAAUCUAUAAAGCAACUUCAUGUACAAAAUUGUUAAGUUGUGUAUUGUGUAUGUGUUAUGUGAUACACCCGUGAGUGUUCACAUGGUGUUGAAUGCAGUUGGAAGUCUAGCAUUAUUUAGAGAGAGAGGGAGAGAAAGGGAUGGACGAUUAUACUUGUUAUAACAUUGCCUGUUACUUAAAGUGAUUACAAUCACUGUGUAGACAUGUUUCUUGUCAUCAGUUUUCCAGACGGUUGAAGACGUCUUAAUUAACUCGGUGGCAUUUGGAGGGAUUGCGAAUGUGCAGAACACCCCAGACAGAAGUGUAGAACAGAAUAUACCCAGGCUGUGUGUGACAUAGCACCCUAUUCCCUGUAGUGCACUCUGGUCAAAAGUAGUGCACUAUAUAGGGAAUAUGGUGCCAUUUAGUCUGGUGACACAGGUGGAUAUUUUCAUCAAGCUGCACCAGACACGCAGCACAAUGCAGCAUUCACGUUACCCGGCAUCGAUUGAGCUUAAUACUGCCCUCUUGUUUGAAUCAAUACAUUUUAUCACAUAAUUACACAUAAAGACUUAUGUUCAUAGGAUUAUUGUCACAGCUGAUAUGAUAGUUCAAACAAAGACAGGAUGACAAGAGCGAUAAAGGAUGUGUGGUCCAUUUUCAUGUUUUUUACAAUUAUUAAAACAUUGUUUGUCAUGUCAGGCUAAGAAUCGUUGUAAAUUGACUCGUCGGUGAAGAGGAAACGAAAGCCAAAAAACAGUAUAUGAGAAGUCGGCUCUUGAUUUAACUGUUGUUUCUGUUUGAUGUUUACCAGUUUAAAUAAACCAAUGAGAAAAAGGAAUCUAAUGUAGUUUUAACCUUAUGAUAUCUUAUGAUAUAUGCUUGUGACAUAAUUUACCAGGUACCUAUAGAGAGCAAUGUUGACUAUUUGUAGACACUAACUCUGCCAUGGUCCGUUGAACAAAGCCUAUGAGAAAAUGUAUAGAGUUUUUGGAUAAACGCUGAAAAUAAAGUCUGUGGUACACACAGGCUUAGGAGAUCUUAUGCGUUUUGUUCUAUGCCAUAAUCUUCAUCAACUAACAUCACAUUUUGUGAAUUUUGGUCAUUUAAAAAUAACGCACAUAAAGUCUUCAUAAUUCAUAAAGGUCAUGUUAACUGACAUUAUCUUAUAGAACAAAACGUAUAAGAUCUCAUAAGCCUGUGUUAACCUCAGAUCUUAUUUCCGGCAUUUAUUCCAAAACCCUAUUCUUUCUCCAUUCAUUUUGCUCAUAGGAAUGACUGACUACAAGCUGUCAAGCUCUAUUGUUGCUUUCUUAAAGGGACGCUCUGCAGGUCCUUCAUCAAUAUUUGGACUUCUGUGUUAAUGAAAUGUACCCAUCGAUUCUUGAAGAAUAUAAUUUAUAAAUGCCCCAUCGGCUUAGUUCAACUGUAGCCCAUCAGACCCCAAAAUAGAAGCUUUUUUCACUUCAAUGUUUGUUAACAAAGAAAAUGUAAACAAACAGGUUGUUUCCAUUACUUUUAAUCUCGAGUCACGACUGAAAAACAAAUGAGAUUAAGGUUCGGUAUAAUCUUAAAGCAUUUUUAACUCUCCAACUCAUCCCAAACCAUCUCAAUUGGGUUGAGGUCAGGUGAUUGUGGAGGCCAGGUCAUCUGAUGCAACACUCCAUCACUCUCCUUCUUGGUCAAAAAGCCCUUACACGACCUAGAGUUGUGUUAGGUCAUUGUCCUGUCGAAAAAAACAAAUGAUAGUGCCACUAAGAGCAAACCA